AUGGCAAAAAAAACUCAUCACGCAGCGUUUCAGCCGCCGGAGCCGGAGAAUAUCGAGGAGGAAGAAGACUUGGCCGCCGCCGCCAACAUUCUGAUUUGUAUGAGCGCAGCAAACCUGGAAAAGAGAGAAGCAAUUGAACUGGAGAGGAUGAAGAUGAAUUUUCAUUAUAAUUCAGGCUUAAGAAUAAGAGACGACAAUAAUAAUAAUAAUAAUCGUGCAGAACCGCCGGCGCUGGCGGCGCGUGUACACAGCAGGUGCAGCGUUGAUGGAACCCCGCUGCCGAGAUACCCUCCGAUACCUUUCUUGCUCGGCAAGAUAGAUUUGAGCGCGUGCAGCAUGCCGUUCGAGAAACAGGUAACCGUGACCGACGUUAAUGAAGAACAGAACCGUCUCUCGUUGAGCAAGAACGAGGUCACGCGCUCCAUUCUGCCGCUGCUGAACUGCCACGAGGAUCAUUGCCGGGGCGUGCCGGUGACGGCGUACAACCCGGACGGGAAAGAGUACGAGAUGACGUUCAAGAGUUGGUCGGAGAGGAAGUUUUACGUGCUGAAUGGAGGGUGGAAGAGAUUCUUCCAAGAGAACGGGUUGGUGGUGCGCAGGCAUUGGGUUACUGUGUGGAUGUUCCGCCAUAGCCAAACUCGAAAGCUUUGCUUUGCCCUCACAUGGAAGUUCAUUCCCAUGGAUCAUCCUUGUACUAUUAAACAGGUGAGAAACUCAAAGUCGGUUAGUAAAAGGUAG